AUGGAAAAUCUCCAAAAAUGGCGGUUCACAUGGGAAGCCCAAUCUCACAUCCCUACUCUCAGGCUCUUCCUCUUCGAUUCUCGCACCAAUCCCUCCCUUCAAUGCCGGAAUCUCCAAGUCCAUGUCAAUCUCUCGCAGUCACUGGUUCUCGUCUCCUGGUCCGACGACGUCGCCAAAACCUCGCUUAGGGUUCCGAUUCCUAGAGUUUUGGUCGACUCUGAAUCUCCGGUCAAUUUCAGAGCUUUUGACGAUCACAUUGAGGUCAAGCUCAUCCUUCUUCUCCCCGUUGGUCAUUCUCUCGUUUCCAACUUGGAUUCGAUUUUCAAUUCGUCUGGUGACGCAGAAGCUGCAGUCUCGAAUUCGUCGAAGUCGCUUUCUGUAGAUUCUGAUAUAAAGAGUCUUAUACCUUGUGGAGCAGUUAGUUUUUACUGCAAAAACUGCAAAUUUAACUUGGCAAGAAGUCCUCUCAGAAAUUUUGCGGAAAUGCCGUCAGUCAACUGGCGAGAAGUGGCUGACAACUGGUUUGGAGCUUGCUGCUGUUCAUUUGGCGGCAUAAGUGAGAAGUUGGUCACUCGUUUUGCAAAUUCCUAUACAUGUUCAAAGGGUGUGUGCCUCUUGAGCUUUGCAACUAUUACUGUUUGUAAGGAUGAUCUCGUUGAAUGCAAUUUCCCCAAUUCGAGCAAAGGCCAAAGUCACAAAACUGGACCAGAUUUGAGUUGUGAGCCUGAGUUUGGUGAAUCUACACUGAACUCAAAUCCUUGUAAUGAGAAAUCGAGUUUCGGAAAACUUGAGGAUGAGGAAGUUGGUGCGGAUGUUGUGUGCGUAGUUCCUGAAGAAGAAAGUAACAUUGACAGAUUAUAUAAUUUGCGAUUACAAUCGGAUUCAUCUGGGAAGGACGAUUUAGCAAAGGGCUGUUGCGCACAUCAUGUGUCUGAAGCUCAUACAGAGAACCAAAAGCUUGGUCAAAGGGAUGUUGAGUGGGUUGAAUAUUUAUGUCCCCACUGUUCAACUCUUCUUGGAGCAUAUCCUUGCGGUAAUGGUUUUGCACCUGUAGAUGGUGGAGUCAGACUCUUUAAAUGCUAUAUUUCCACUAGCUUGCCUGUUGGUGGAUCAGAAGAUUUAUUUAGAUGCGAUGACGGUGAUAAGGCCUUGGUGUUUGGGAACAAGUUCACGAAAGAGUAA